GGACUUCCUGUCCAUUAUUGAUAGACGCCGGGCUGCAGAGCUGGUGGCUGGAUUAUACAGGAAGGCUCCGCCCCCAGCGUUCUGUGGCCAUGACUACCGCCCCGCGGGACUCCCUGGUGUGGAAGCUCGCUGGGCUGCUGCGUGAGUCCGGAGAUGUGGUCCUGUCUGGCCGUAGCACCCUGAGCCUGCUCACUGCCACACUGCAGCAGCUGAACCACGUAUUUGAGCUGCACCUGGGGCCAUGGGGCCCUGGCCAGACAGGCUUUGUGGCUCUGCCUUCCCACCCCGCCGACUCCCCCGUCAUCCUCCAGCUUCAGUUCCUCUUCGAUGUGCUGCAGAAAACGCUUUCACUCAAGCUGGUCCAUGUCCCAGGUCUUGGCCUCCCAGGGCCCAUCAAAAUCUUUCCAUUCAAGUCCCUUCGGCAGCUGGAGCUCCGAGGUGUCCCCCUCCACUGCCUCCAUGGCCUCCGUGCCAUCUAUUCCCAGCUGGAGACCCUGAUUUGCAGUAGGAGCCUCCAGGCAUUAGAGGAGCUCCUUUCAGCCUGCGGUGGUGACCUCUGCUCCGCCCUGCCCUGGCUGGCUCUGCUCUCUGCCGACUUCAGCUGCAACACUCUGACUGCCUUAGACAGCUCCCUGCGUCUCUUGUCAGCUCUGCGCUUCUUGAACCUGAGCCACAAUCAGGUCCAGGACUGUGAGGGUUUCCUAAUGGACUUGUCUGAGCUCUGCCAUCUGGACCUCUCCUAUAACCAUCUGCGUCUGGUGCCGAGAAUGGGACCCUCGGGGGCUGCUCUGGGGACCCUGAUACUGCGAGGCAAUGAGCUCCAGAGCCUGCACGGCCUGGAGCAGCUGCGGAACCUGCGGCACCUGGAUGUGGCCUACAACCUGCUGGAAAGACACAGGGAGCUGUCGCCGCUGUGGCUGCUGGCUGAGCUCCGCAAGCUCUGCCUGGAGGGGAACCCUUUGUGGUUCCACCCUGAGCACCGAGCGGCCACCGCCCGGUGCUUGUCACCCCGUGCCAGGGACGCUGCUGCUGGGUUCCUUCUUGAUGGGAAGGCCUUGUCACUGACUGAUUUCCAGACCUCCCCAGCCUCAGGCCUUGGCCCCAUGGCCCCACCUCUGCCCUGGCCGGUGGGGAGCACCACGGAAACCUCCGGCUGCGCUGACUUGAGUGACAGCCCCUCGUCGGGGGGCGUUGUGGCCCAGCCCCCGGUUCGUAAGGUUAAGAGCCGAGUCCGUGUGAGGCGGGCGAGUAUCUCGGAACCCAGUGAUACGGACCCGGAGCCCCGGACUCUGGACCCCUCCCUGGCUGGGUGGUUUGUGCAGCAGCAUCGGGAGCUGGAGCUCAUGAACAGCUUCCGGGACCGCUUUGGCCGUGACUGGCUGCAGUACAGGACUCACCUGGAGGCCUCCGGGACCCCUGCCCUCAGCACCCUGCCUCCGGACGCCCCGAGCCCAGAGACUGUGCGCGGCCCUCCGCCCCCUGAGAAGGAGUCUCCGCAGGAAGAGGCAGAGGAGGUCGGGGUGGAGCCGGAGCCUCGGGAGGAAGAGGAGGGAGAGGAGGGGGAGCAGGAGCGAAGCCAGGUGGAGGUGGAGCUCUGCCGCCCCAUGUUGGUGUGUCCCCUGGAGGGGCCCGAGGGCUUGCGGGGCAGGGAAUGCUUUCUCUGGGUCACUGCUGGCCACCUGUUUGAGGUGGAGCUCCAAGCAGCUCGAACCCUGGAACGGCUUGAGCUCCAGAGUCUGGAGGCAGCUGAGAUAGAGGCUGAGACCCAGACCCAGAGCGAGCCUGGGCCCGAGGGCUCAGAUCCAUGCCCUGGGGGCCCCGUCCUCGUUCUCCGCUUCUCCUACAUCUGCCCCGACCGGCAGUUGCGUCGCUAUGUGGUGCUGGAGCCAGAUGCCCAGGCGGCUGUCCAGGAGCUGCUGGCUGUGUUGACCCCAACAGCCACCUUGGGGAAGCGUCAGCUUGGGGAGGCGAGGGACCCACCCGGCGACAGACUCCAGUGUCUGCGCUGUGGCCACGAGUUCAAGCCAGAGGAGCCCAGGUCGGGACUGGACGGUGAGGAAGGCUGGAGGCCUCUGUUCCGGAAGACAGAAUCGCCUGCUGUGUGUCCAAACUGUGGUAGUGAUCACGUGGUUCUCCUGUACCCUGGAACCCCCAAUGGGAAACGGAGACAGGGAGAGCAAUCGCCGGCCCCCUCACGGUCCCCGAGCCCCGACCACGGCCCUCCUGGCCACAGUGCCUACAGCACCAGGGCCGGCGGUGCCCCAUCUCAGGCACCGGCCUCCCAUGACCGCCGCAGUUGGAGCCUCAGUCCCCCCCCUGAGCACUGUGGCCUCCGCUCUGUGGACCACCGACUCCGGCUCUUCCUGGACGUCGAGGUGUUCACCGAUGCCCAAGAGGAGUUCCAGUGCUGCCUCAAGGUGCCACUGGUGUUGGCAGGGCACCCCGGGGAGUUUCUGUGUCUUGCGGUUGUGUCUGACCACAGGCUCUACGUGUUGAAGGUGACAGGGGAGAUGCGCGGGCCUCCGGCUGGCUGGCUGCAGCCAACCCUGGCCAUUCCCCUGCAGGAUCUGAGUAGCAUAGAGCUGGGCCUGGCAGGACAGAGCCUGCGGCUGGAGUGGGCGGCCGGGGCAGGUGGCUGUGUCCUGCUGCCCCGAGAUGCCAGGCACUGCCGGGCCUUCCUGAAGGAGCUUACGGAUGUCUUGCAGUCUCUGCCCCCCGCCCGGAGGAGCAGCGUCAGCACCACGGAGGAGGAGGUCACCCCGAAGCAUCGGCUCUGGCCGUUGCUAGAGACAGACCCUUCCUUGGAGCCUCUCCGGUUCUUCUAUCUUCGGGCAUUCCUGGUUGAAGGGCCUUCUACCUGCCCUGUGUCCCUGUUGCUGACUCUGUCCACCCUGUACCUGUUAGAUGAGGACCCUAUAGGGUCCCAGGCGGAGCCCCCUCUUCCAGCGGCAUCGGGCGUAGCCUCUGAGAAGGCCCCACCCCCCGGGCCGGGCCCUUCAGUGCGUGUCAGGGAGCAGCAGCCACUCAGCAGCCUGAGCUCCGUGCUGCUCUACCGCGUGGCCCCGGAGGACCUGCGGCUGGUCUUCUACGACGAGGUGUCCCGGCUGGAGAGCUUUUGGGCACUCCAUGUUGUGUGUCCGGAGCAGCUGACGGCCCUGCUGGCCUGGAUCCGGGAGCCCUGGGAGGAGUUGUUUUCCAUCGGACUCCGAACUGUGACCCAAGAGGCUCUAGACCUCGGCCAGUGAGGCUGCCAUGCUGGCCCCGCCCCCGGCCUCAGGAGCCACGGCUACAGAUGUUCUCUCUCCAGACUCUGGCUGCGGACUUCUCUGGCCUUUGGGCACUGGUCAGCAAGGCCCCAAAUGACCCACAACUCAGGGGCAGGGUGAGAGGACUGGUCCAGCCUCUAGAUGACCUGGCCCGAGGGGACGGGCUGAGUGGUCAGAAGGAGUGUUUCUCCUGCACUUUUUCUCAGGUAUCAAUAAAGUUGUUUCCAU